CACGCACAGUUCCAUUUAUGAAAAAUUUAGUGGAGAAAAUUUUAGAAGAAAUUAAUUGACAUUCAUUCUUUCCAAAACCAUCAUUCCAUCAUGUCUAGGCUUGAGAUACUCAACAGCGGAUCGCUACGACUAGAUGGAAGGAGACCACACGAAUUACGCAGUCUGGCACUACAUAUCACACCUGAAAACGCACAUUCGGAUGAAUUUGCAUCGUUCAAUUCAGGUACCAACCCAAAAAGUGAUGGAAGUGCAAGGGUAGAACAAGGAUUGACAGUGGUACAUGCAUCUGUAUAUGGACCGCGAGAAGCAAAGCAAAGGUCAAGCACGCUACAUGAUCGAGCGGUACUGCAAUGUGAAGUGACGAUUGAACCUUGGAGUGGAAGAGAUCGUAGGAAGCGCAGUAGAGCAGAUAGAAGGAUAGCGGAAAUUUGUGCAGCAUUAGAAUCUACUUUUGAACCUGUUGUCCAAACUCAUCUUUAUCCGAGAUCAACAAUUGAUAUCUUUGUCUCAGUUGAAAGACAAGAUGGCGGUGUUUUACCUUGUGCGAUCAAUGCAGUCACUUUGGCAUUACUAGACGCAGGUAUCUCAAUGUCAGAUUACGUUGUUGCUCUUUCGGUCGGACUGCAUUUACAGAGCGGGAAGACGCUUUUGGAUCUUUCAUCACACGAAGAAACUGCUUUGCCUCACCUGAUCGCUGCUACUUUGCCGAGAAGCGGAAAGAUUACUUUAGCUCAAUUGGAAACACGAAUUCAUGCAAAUGUUGUACAAGAGAUGUUAGCCGUUGUCGGACAGGCAUGCUCGGUCUUGCAUUCAGAGAUGGAUAUUGCCAUGCAAGAACGCACAAAACAACUUGCAGACGCUUUGGGGGGAAGUGGACUGGGUAAUAGAAAGGAUGAAGCAUUAACGCAACAAUUAUUGGAUUCCGUUCAAGAAGACAUUGAUGAUGAUGCAGAUCAUUCGAUGAACAUGUAAGAUAGAUGACAUUCAUUCGUUAAUUGUAUAGUAUAUCAUGUGCAAGAGCUGUUCCUGUAAAUGCUUUAUAUCCGGAUAAAAGUUGGUUGAGCCGUUGGAGUGCUGCCGCUCAGCAGAAUAAGCCCGGGUCAAGGGACCUUUUCUUACGUAAAUCUUUGUGCCUUGUUUCUUUUUUUUUUCCGAUUUGUGAAAAUAUUAGCGCGGAAGCCUAAGCGGGAAAAAGAAGGGAAGGGAUCGACAAUAAAAACCGUUGAGUGGAAAUAACCUGCAGGAGGACAUUAAAUCCGAAUCGAAAUCGAGAACCGAGCUG